AUGGAUUGGAACUCAAAAAUUCUAACGGAAGUUUCUUGGGCAAAGGAGCAGGGCGCCAACGUUCAUCGUUUUUUACAGUUUUCCGUGAUCCCAAACGCUGGAAGCUGUAUUACAAGCGCAGGCCGGAUUGAAUCAGGUGAAGUUUUGCUUUCUUUGCCUAGAAAUGUUUUAAUCAACAAGGCCACUUAUCCAAAUUGCCCAUUUUCGAAACAGCUGUCUUCGUUCCAAUUUCUUGCUUGGUUUAUAUGUAAAGGAAAGAGUACAGGCAUGGAAAAAUGGCCGUACUAUAUAGAAGCGUUGCCGCAGGAUUUUUCAUGGCAUCCUGUAAUGUUAUCUUCAAAUGACCCUUUGUGGCCGAACGUACCCGAGGAUGUACAAAACCUGAUUCUUGAAAGGAAACAAUCUUUAUUGGAAGAUUAUCAAAAUGUUUCAAAAUUUGAGUCAUUCGACUGGCAAUUGUUCCAGUGGGCUUGGCUUUGCGUGAAUACUAGAUGUUUAUACUAUGAAGUAUCACCGAGUUCGGUGGAUGAACAGUUAACGUUGGCUCCCGUAUUUGAAUAUUUCAAUCAUUCCUUUGAUGCACAAACGGACCUACAGAGAGGUCGUAGUGGUAUAUCUAUAAUAGCAAAGCGUACUAUAGAAAAAAACGAACAGAUAUACUUGCGCUAUGGUGGUCAUGGGAACGAUCAGCUAUUCUCUGAAUAUGGGUUCUGCUUGAGUGAAAAUCCGUUCAAUCAUUUCACUUUAGACAACCAGUUAUCCUUUAAUGAGCAGCAAGAAAAGUUUCUAAAGGACCAUCACUACUGGAAAGACUAUACAUUUUCCAUAGAUGGACCCUCGUUUCGCACAUUCGUUGCUUUGCGGGUUUUGCUAAUAUAUAACUCUAAUGAUUUAUUAGACUAUACCUGUGAUUCUACUAGAAGGUUGUUGCAAUAUAUGAAUGGGUUUUCAGAAGGCAACCGAGAACUCCCAAUGGUUCAAGCAUUAUGGACCAAACAUUUGAAGUUGUUCUUGAAGGUUGUUGAAGAGAAAGCUGGUAAACUGUGUGAACAAGAAAGCGAUAAUUAUUUGCAACAAUGUAUUCUACAGCUUUGGAACGAUCGUCAGAAGUGCAUAAAGUAUUUAUUAAAUAGUCCUUUAGAAUAA